AUGGCAGAAACUGCACCAGCCGUCGCCGCUGUCCCGCCGUCAGAGGGCGCAGCCAAAAAGAAGAGGCAGCCGAAGAAAGCUGCAGGGGGAGCCAAGAAAAGCGGCAAGUCUUCCGGGCCCAGCGUUUCCGAGCUGAUCUUAAAGGCCGUGGCCGCCUCCAAGGAGCGCAGUGGAGUUUCUCUUGCCGCCCUGAAGAAGGCACUGGCUGCCGGAGGCUACGAUGUGGAGAGGAACAACAGUCGCAUCAAAGUGGGGGUGAAAGGAUUGGUGACCAAAGGAACGCUCACCCAGGUGAAAGGCACCGGCGCUUUCGGCUCCUUCAAGCUCAAUAAGAAUCAGCUGGAGAGCAAGAAGGCCGCCCUGAAGCCCAAGAAACCAGCGGCAAAGAAAGUGGCCAAGUCCCCGAAGAAGCCCAAGAAAGCUCCGAGUGCAGCCAAGAGCCCCAAGAAGGUGAAGAAACCCGCAAAAGCGGCUGCUGCCAAAAGCCCGAAGAAGCCUAAAGCUGUGAAGCCCAAGAAGGCGGCUAAGAGUCCGGCCAAGAAGACGGCGAAGCCCAAAGCCGCCAAGAGUCCGGCCAAGAAGGCAGCGAAGCCAAAAGCGGCAAAAAGCCCGGCCAAGAAGGCAGCUAAGCCCAAGAAUGCUGCGGCCAAGAAGUUAUGGAAAAGAAGCCGCAGCCUCGCUUCCUUGUUAUCCCCCCAAAGGCUCUUUUCAGAGCCACCCACCCUGUCCAGGCAGAGCUGUAGGCGCACGGUGUGA